AUGGCAAAAUCUACGGAGGUCGAUGAAUAUGGAUUCAGUUCUAGCGAUGAGGCAGAUUUACUAGAUUUGACAAACGCGGUAGAUGCUGCCAGUGGCAAGCAGGGCCAGAAGCGUAAAGCUCCCUCCGAGCAGACUUCGCCAGUUAUCAAGAAACAGGCGACUGAGGCAUCUCACAAGGUUCUUGAAUCGGCAAUCUCUGCACUGAAUCGCAAUUUCGGUUUCAAAUCCUUUCGUUUAAAGCAAGAGCAAGCCAUAUCAAGAAUUCUUGCUGGUGAAAGUGCUGUUGUUGUCUUUCCCACUGGAGGCGGAAAAAGUCUUUGCUUUCAAGUCCCGGCACUUGCUUUCGAAGAGGAAGAUAAGCGUCUCAAUACUCGUGACGAAGGCGACCAUGGCAUAGUAUCGCCACUGAUAGCAUUGAUGAAAGACCAAGUGGAUGCCCUUGUUCGUCGUGGCAUUGCUGCGGCAACAUUCGACUCAAAGAUCGCCCGUUUCGCUGAGGAAAUCCAAGCAGAGAGAGUCGUUUGCCUGACUGCUACAGCUACGCCUCGUGUUGCCAAGGACAUCUGCCAUGCAUUCAACAUCAAAGACUCUGGGCUCUUUCGAACUUCCACCUACCGACCCAAUUUACGAUUAUUGGCAGAGUCAGGAGAUAGGAAGGUAAAUAUGCUACCUAAGCUCAAAGACUUUCUACACAAUCACAAAGGCUCGACGAUUAUUUACGUUACUCUGCAGCGGCAAACCGAGGAUCUUGCACAAAUAUUAGUGGAGGCGGGCUUCAAAGCCAAGGCCUUUCAUGCAGGAAUGCAAACUGAAGCUAAAACAAAGCUGCAGGACGAGUUUAUGAGGAGUGAUGACAUGAUUAUGGUUGCAACGAUAGCCUUUGGCAUGGGAAUUGACAAGGGCGCCAUUCGCAAUGUUAUUCAUUUUAGUGUCCCUCAAAGUCUGGAGUCUUAUAGUCAGGAGAUUGGAAGAAGUGGACGAGAUGGCGGGACCUCUAAUUGUUUCUUUUUCGUAUGUGGCGAAGAUCUUCAUUUCCGUGAGUUGUUCGCAAGAGGUGACUUACCAUCUCUCGCAUCUAUUCGUGGCCUGCUAAACGACAUAUUCGACUCAAAGACGAUCAAGCUUCCAGUCGGAAGUGAGAUUUAUAGUUCCCACUACAGUCAAACGAAAGAAUUCGAUAUCCGGCCUACAGUCUUGGGUGGCAUCUACGCACAGUUGGAGCUAACUCAUGGUCUUAUCCGUGCUACUACACCAUUGUAUCAAAAGUAUUCGUAUGUUGCAGAAGACAAGAAGUAUCGUGCCAAAAUCACAUCAGAUCAGAGUCCGGCGGCAAUUGCGAUUGCGGCGUGCGGUGAGAAAAAAUCUAAGUUCCAUCACAUCGAUGUCAAUACUGCAGCCGACCGUUACAAUAUUGGAAGAAAUGAGAUUAUCGCCAAGCUUGGUGAGUGGAACUCAGAAGGAAUUUUAGACUUGAAGUCAAGCCAGGUCUUGAACGUUUACAAAGUCACUAAGCCUCUUCCCAAAACUGCAUCAGAGAUUGAGAAGCUUGCAAAGGCAGUCCACACCACCCUAGAAACCCGCGAACAACAGGAUUUAGAGCGUACGGAUAAGAUCUUACAGCUUGUCACUGGCAAAGCUUGUUUCUCGAAGCAAUUGGCUGAACACUUUGGAGAUGAGCUCCCUGAUGGAAAAGAAGAAUGCGGCCAUUGCCAGUGGUGUUUAACGCACAGGCCCGUCGAAAUUCAACUUCCUCCUCCAGUUCCUUUCAAUGAAACAGCCUUCAGGGAAAUCCUUAGUACAAUCCCAGACCGCGACGAUCCGCGAUUCCUAGCUCGGGUGGCUUUUGGCAUAUCUACACCAAGAGUGAGUGCGAAGAAGUUGGGAAGGAGUCCGAUCUUUGGCUCAAUGGAAGAUCACGAGUUCGCAGUUCUUCUGCGAGCUUUUGAGAAGGAAUGCAAUUAG